CGGAAAACUCCAGCUAAGGUGGAAGGGAGCUGGGGGUGGCUCUGGAGGUGCGCGAACGUGGAGACCGGUCCCUAAGUGGGGAAGGAGCCCGAGGGCCUCCAGGUGUCUAAGGAGUUGGUAGCGGAGGCCCGCGCUGGGUAAUCAGCAUAUGACCUACUAAAGAAAGAUCUCUAGACAAAAUAAAACAGGGAAAGUUUGCAAGAGUCAAGAAUGAUGGAUCCAUGUUCAGUUGGAGUACAGCUUCGUACCACAAAUGAGUGCCAUAAAACAUACUAUACUCGUCACACAGGUUUCAAGACUCUACAAGAAUUAUCAUCAAAUGAUAUGCUUUUACUUCAACUUAGAACUGGAAUGACACUUUCUGGAAACAAUACAAUUUGCUUCCAUCAUGUAAAAAUUUACAUUGACAGAUUUGAAGAUUUGCAGAAGUCAUGUUGUGAUCCAUUUAACAUACACAAAAAGCUAGCCAAAAAAAAUUUGCAUGUAAUUGACUUAGAUGAUGCCACUUUUCUGAGUGCAAAAUUUGGAAGACAGCUUGUACCUGGUUGGAAACUUUGUCCAAAAUGUACACAGAUAAUCAACGGAAGUGUGGAUGUUGAUUCUGAAGACCGCCAGAGAAGAAAACCUGAAUCAGAUGGAAGAACUGCUAAAGCUUUGAGGUCACUACAGUUUACAAACCCAGGAAAGCAAACUGAAUUUGCUCCAGAAACUGGUAAAAGAGAAAAAAGAAGGCUUACCAAAAAUGCAACUGCUGGUUCAGACAGACAAGUGAUACCAGCGAAGAGUAAGGUCUAUGAUAGCCAAGGGCUCUUGAUUUUCAGUGGGAUGGACCUCUGUGACUGCCUGGAUGAAGAUUGCUUAGGAUGUUUCUAUGCUUGUCCUGCCUGUGGUUCUACCAAGUGUGGAGCUGAAUGUCGCUGUGAUCGCAAGUGGCUAUAUGAGCAAAUAGAAAUUGAAGGAGGAGAAAUAAUUCAUAAUAAACAUGCAGGAUAAUUUGCAAUAUCAAACCACUGGAGUCUGUAAAGUUCCUCUAUUUCUAAAAUUCUGUUACUCUUAAGAUACAUUUUAAGCAUGAUGGUCAAAUAACAAAAAUUUGAAAACUACCAAAGUGUGUGUACGCUAAUGUUUCAUUUGGGUUUCUUUAAGUUCAUUAUUUGGUGUAAAUUUAUAUGAGUUGUUUCUCAGUUUCACUUUUAAGCCUGUCUGGGUCAAUGUUAAGAAGGGUGUGGGCAGUCCUCAGUUUGCAUGGUUCCCAUAGGCACAAAUUUCAGUGACCAUAAUUUAGUUAAAUAACACCAGCCUCCUAAAAGCAUGGUUCACAUUCAGUUAGGGUAGCAUAUCAGCUGUUCAUCUUGUGAAGUAUUAGCACCUCUGUCCAGAAAUUAUUAAGUAACAGGUGUGCUUUAUAGUCAGUGACCAAUUAUGUUAUCUUUUUUCAAAUUCUGCUUGUGAUUGGUCCUUGAAUGUAUGUAUUUAGUUCAUCUACAGCAAAGCAUAUAGUUACAUUGUCAUCACCCAGUGUGAUAUUUUAUAAAAGUGGAUAAUCAAAAAAAUUGGCCAUCUAAGAUUGAAAAUGAAGCAAAGAAGUGAACAAUAAUAAUGCUGAAAGUAAUAAUUUGAAUGUAAGUGGAGUUUUAAAAAAAUGUCACUGAUUCUGGGUGUUUAGAUACAGUUGCUGUACAGUGACUAGCUGAGUGUUGCUAAACAGACUUACCAACAUAAGUGAGGAAAGCAGUUGUGAUGGAGAAGUAAUGGCAAAACUUUCACAUUAAAGGAUAUUAAUUGUUAACACAGGAGUAGGUCACAACAUAGAAAGUACAAACAAUAAUAAAUGGUGGAAGCUGAUCCCAACUGAAAAGGUACAUAAGUUGCUGUAGUAUAGGAGAUGCUGACUCAGCAUUAUAAGUUAGAGAAGGCAAACUGCUCAAACUACUCCUGAUUAGUAUUUUACAAUAAAAUAAAACUCUCACUCUCAAUGUUUAGACUUUCAUUUUUAUAUACAUUUAUAACUGGCAGUUGAGAGUGUGUAAUACUCCUACAGGUUUUUAAAGGUCAUAGAAUAAUCGUAAUUUUCCUUAUUGAUCAUUGGGAUUGCUUUGCUUGGACAUCUUUAUAGUCUCAUACCACCAUGUAAAUGAGGACUGCCUAUAGCUGGAAACAAUGCCUCCUUCAGAGAAAACUGAUUUUGAUACUACUGACACUAUGAGCUAUUUUGAAAAUAUUCUAUAUAUCUAAGUACUAAAAUAUAUUUAUUUUCUCCCAACUUAAAUAAAAAUAAGUAUUAGUACCAUAAAACUUUCAUUAUUUAUAUGGUGUAUUUGUGGGAGAAAAAUAUUCUUUAUGAUAAGACAUGAAUAUACAUAAACAUACAUUAUAUCUAUUAUUGAAAUUGUAUAAGAUGACUGAUGAGGAUUAAGAGAUCAAAAACUCUUAAGGGAAUGAUAAUGACAAAAAGGAGAAAUAGUGGUUAAAAUAGGAUAUAAAUAAGAUUUUUUGGAAAUAGAUUGAACUGUGGUAUGGAAUUUGUGUGGGUGCUGCUCAGAGGAUGGGACAAUGAUACUUCUGCACUUUGUUUUUUUUAAGACAUUUACCCACCAUUUUGUCUAAAGGCUCCUACCACCUAGAAAAUUGUAAGCUGAGUUUUUGUUUUCUCCAAAUAUGAUACCUCAGUUAAUUGAAUGAACUUUUGGCAAUUUGAAAUAUUUUGUAGCUGUUGAAACUAAAUUUCUAUAGCCAGUUUAAA